AAUCCCUCAACUUUCAAAAUGCGGAAAAGACAACCCACCGCAUUUCAUGCCAUUCUCACCAAACCCUAACUCCCUCCCCUUCUCUCUCUCUCUCUCUCUCUCUCUCUCUCGUGUCGAAAUCGAUUUGUCCGAAGUCAGUCUCUGUCUCGUUUAUCCUCCCCGCAACCUCGAACGCCGAGCAAAACACCCCUCCUUUCUCCUUGUCACAAUCGCGAUCGCAUUCUGGGUUUGCGUUGCUCGAGAGGGGUCUGGAAUUGCAAUUGGAAUUGGAAUUGGAAUUGGGUAUGUCGCAGAACAGGGUCAGCGAUGGGGGUCCCGACUUUGACCUCACCGAGGAGAUACUCGCGGUGAUGCCCACCGACCCGUACGACCAGCUCGAUCUGGCUCGUAAGAUCACCUCCAUGGCCAUCGCCUCCCGCGUCUCCAAGCUCGAGUCCGACGUCGCCCGCUCCAAGCAGAAGCUCUACGACAAGGACAGGAUCAUCUUCGAGCUUGAGGAGAAAGUCAUUCACCUCGAUCGCUCCUACCAGGAGGCCGACUCGCGUCUGAAGAUUGUCCUCGAUGAGAAUACGAGGCUCUCAAAAGAACGGGAUUCCUUGUCUGUGACUGUCAAGAAGCUCAGUCGUGAUCUGGCAAAGCUAGAAACUUUUAAAAGACAACUGAUGCAGUCGCUGAAUGAUGACAAUGCAUCGCCUGCUGAAACCGUUGAUAUUGGGACAUGUGAUCAGUCAAACUCAAACUCCUAUCUUUCCAAGGAUGUAGAUGCAAAUGGCUGCAGUGGCUCUGCUAACAUUGGCAACAACAUGGAUGAAGCUUCACGGCAUGCUACACAAAGAUUUUCAAUAACGCCAUAUAUUACACCGAAACUUACUCCAACCGGGACUCCAAAAAUUAUUUCUCAAAAUGGCUCUCCUAGAGGAUAUUCUGCUGCUGGAACACCCCAGAAAACUUCAGGUGCAACAACUCCUACAAAAACCCAGUAUGCACUCUCUAUGUGGUGCCCAUCAAGUCAGCAGUCGUCAGCUGCAAACUCACCUCCUCGUGGACGUUCUUUGCCAGGGCGCACUCCUCGAAUUGAUGGAAAAGAAUUUUUUCGUCAAGCCAGGACUCGUUUAUCAUAUGAGCAAUUCAGUGCUUUUUUGGCAAACAUUAAGGAGCUUAAUGCUCAAAAGCAAACUCGAGAGGAAACUUUGAGGAAAGCAGAGGAAAUAUUUGGAACAGACAACAAAGAUCUCUACUUAUCGUUCCAGGGAUUGCUUAACCGCAAUGUUAACUAGGUGAUGAGAAAAUCUGUACUGGACAUAAUAAAAGGACUGUCUUCAUCUCACUAUGUCAAGGAUGGUUAGUCAAGCUAGAGGAAGGCCAAUUUUGGUAUCGCUGCUUUCCAUAGUUUGCUGUUAUCUGUGUACAUCGUACUUUUCUUGUGCAAUGCCGUCUCAGGCAGUAGAUUUGUAGAGUGUGUGCGAUGUAGGGAGGAAUGUUUACUGCGAGUCUCGUUGCAAAAGGUGCCCCCGAAAAACGAUGGGUUUAGUCAUAUUAUAUGGAUGACAAGUCAACUUUGAAGAAGAAGCGUUCAGGGAAAGCCUCUCUUCGAGGUCUUUUCUU